CCUCUCUUCAGUUCCAUAACACGCAUGUUGUCACCCGCACGCGUCCGCGGUGUCAUGAGCGCCGACAACAGAACCGGAGAUGUGUCGAUUCCUCUUCGGAAUCUCUUAAAUUCUGUCCAGUGUUUAAGAGACCGAGUCUGCGAUGGGGAAGCAAGUGAAUCUGAUGGAACAUUUAAUCUUUUACAAUUCUGGGAGACGUUGAAUCAAUCGGUGAAAGUGGUGUCACAGGAAGCGACCAAGCUGAGCCUGGCCUUCUCCAAGCCUCCACUGCCUUCACAAGAGGAUGCAGAGAGGUUGUCUGAGUCAAUUCUGAAGAGCGUCCUGACUCUCUCCACAGUUUACUACUGGCUGCCCAAAAGUCAAGGUGUCAGUCUGCGGCGACAGGUCAGAAACUCCACGGUGGAGGUUCUGGAAGGCGUCUCAGCUCUGGUGGAGGUCAUUCUGAGCUCGCCGCUUCAGAGCCUCAGUCAGGAGCAGCUGACGUCCACCGGAGGGGUGUGGUCGGCUUGUGACCAGUUCCCUCAGCUACCAGCAGAUAACAAGGCCGCUGUCCUCGUCCUUCUCUCCAACCACACCGGCGUUGUCAAAGAUGCCCUGGAGGAGAUCCAGGAGGCCCUGUCAGAGGUCAACGACCCCUUCAGCGACGUGCUGGAGGACGACGUGGAUGGUCUGGAGCGCCGAGGGAACCAGGACACGUACUGGUCAGAGCGGGACCGCAGCGUCAUUGCGCCGUGUCUGGGGCUCAUGAAGGCGGCGGCCGCGUGCUUGAGGAAGCUGAUUUCAGCGGUGAAAAACAACGGUGACGUGAGCUCGCUGCAGAACCUGGCACAGCUGGACGACCUGGCUGACAUCACUAAAGACAUCAGUCCCAGUGUGGACGACCUGGCGCUCUGCCUCUACCCACCCAUGGACUACAGUGGCGUGGAGAGCAAUAUGUCUAAACUGGGCGCGGUUCUGCGGAAGGUGCUGGAGAUCACCAGGUCGAGUCAUGUCUGCGGAGAACCUGAGCUGACCUGGGUCCAGUUCUUAGAAGGUGCCGUGGAUCACAACUUACAGAAAGCUGCAGACCUAAUUCAUCCCCACGGCUAGUGUGUGAGUGUGUGUUUCAUCAAGCCGUGAAAAAUAAAGAGUGUUCGUGUCUGGACAGCUGAUCUGUGGAAGCCUUGUUAUGCAACGGGCAAUAUUUCAAAUGGCAGUUUUCAGGUUUGUUUGGUUUAAUCUUUGUCUGACACCCAGCCAAGUGUGACGCC